GCGGAGGCUCUAGCGUCCCUUGCGGCCCGCGGCGGCACGGAAGCCUCUCUAGGUGCGCGGCGUCUCUAUGGUGGAGCGGGCGGAGCGCGAGGAAGAUGGCGGCGCCCGCGGAGGCCGCUGAGGAGCGGGCUUCGGGGGGUCCUCGGCCCCCAGUGUGUCUGUUGGUGUUAGGAAUGGCGGGAUCUGGGAAGACCACCUUUGUACAGAGGCUUACUGGACAUCUGCAUAGCCGAGGCUCUCCACCUUAUGUGGUUAAUCUGGACCCGGCUGUACAUGAAGUACCCUUUCCUGCCAAUAUUGAUAUUCGUGACACUGUGAAGUAUAAAGAAGUCAUGAAACAGUACGGGCUUGGGCCAAACGGCGGUAUAGUGACCUCACUCAAUCUCUUUGCUACCAGAUUUGAUCAGGUGAUGAAAUUUAUUGAGAAGGCCCAGAACAUGUCUAAAUAUGUCUUGAUUGACACACCUGGACAGAUUGAGGUUUUCACGUGGUCAGCUUCUGGGACAAUCAUUACUGAAGCCCUGGCAUCCUCAUUUCCCACAGUUGUCAUAUACGUCAUGGAUACAUCAAGAAGUACCAAUCCAGUGACCUUCAUGUCCAAUAUGCUCUAUGCCUGCAGCAUCUUGUACAAAACCAAGCUGCCUUUCAUUGUGGUUAUGAAUAAAACUGACAUCAUUGAUCACAGCUUUGCAGUGGAAUGGAUGCAAGAUUUUGAAGCUUUCCAAGAUGCCUUGAAUCAAGAGACUACAUACGUCAGUAACCUGACUCGUUCAAUGAGCCUGGUGUUGGAUGAGUUUUACAGCUCACUUAAGGUGGUGGGUGUGUCUGCUGUUCUGGGUACAGGCUUAGAUGAACUCUUCGUGCAAGUCACCAGUGCUGCAGAAGAAUAUGAAAGGGAGUAUCGUCCUGAAUAUGAACGUCUGAAGAAGUCACUGGCCAAUGCACAGAGCCAGCAUCAGAAGGAACAACUGGAACGCCUUCGGAAAGAUGUGGGCUCUGUAGCCUUGGACACAGGGACUGCCACAGACAGCUUAUCUCCUGCACUUGACCCUUCUGACUUGAUCCUGACUCGGGGAACUUUGGAUGAAGAGGAUGACGAAGCCGACAGUGAUACUGAUGAUAUUGAUCACAGAGUUACAGAGGAAAGCCGUGAAGAGCCAGCAUUCCAGAAUUUUAUGCAAGAAUCAAUGGCACAGUACUGGAAGAGAAACAACAAGUAGUUUCUAGAAGUCUGAAAUUUUGGAACCCUGAAGGAACUAUCCUAACCUCUGAUGGGGGCUACUAUAAAGGACAAUUUUGUUCAGAGUAGCAGUGUUUCUCUUAUAGGGAAAUUUGACUCAGAUGCAGCCAGGGAUACAAGACCAUUGGACCUAACAGGCUUCACGUUUUAUCAUUUCAACUUAAGUACUUUUGCUGCUGAUGGAUGGAACAGAGAGAACUUACUAUUCACCUCAAAUCUCUAUUAGGCUGGAUCUGUACUCUACUCUCCCGUCUUGCCCUUGACCCUGUACCAUGAAUUCCCCUCCUUUUAGCAGAAAGGGCGAGAGGAAUCAUGAGCUUCCCAGGGUGGCAGCAGUCUGCUUGGCAACCAGUCAAUGUUGGCUACAAAAGGUGCCUCACACGAAGUACCUCAUUGUAGAAUAACAGGUUCAUUGAAGAAGGUGAGCAAAACAUAGGAUUAAUGAAUAAGAAUCCUGCUUUGGAUGGUGACUUGGAUAAAGAGUUUUAAAUUUUAACUUUAAGUCUGCCUGUCAUAAUUUCAAAUAAGAAAAUUAUGUAAUUGCAAGUAGGUUCGCUUCUAUUCAACACAGGUUUAAAGCCACGUGUCCAAACCUGUCUCAGUAAAAGAGGGGAUGUUUACUAAAGUCUCUCUUGUAAAUAAACCAAGUAACUGAGUACAGAGCCAGGCACUGUUUGUAUUAUACAUUAACCUUAAGGCAAAGUAUCUUUUGUAAUUUACUCAAAGGCCAUGGAUUUGGGUCAGGUGCAUAUUCCAUAUAUAAAUAAUGGCCUUGGUAGGGUUUGCCCUGCCUCCACAUUCUUCACAGGACACAGUAAAACUGCGUUUCUCUCAGGAAAGUUUAUCCCUGCCUAACCUGUACUCCAGUUCAGUGGUUCUCAAGUGUGGUCAUUGGAUCAGAAGCAUCGGCAUGACCUGGGGAAUUGUUAGAGACACAACACUCAAGAUCUGAAUGAAACUAUGGGUGUGGGACCUAGAAAUCUGUUUUAAUAAGUCCUUCAGAGGAUUCCCAUGUACAUGAAGUUUGAGAACCACUGCCCUAACUACCAUAGCCUGUGACAGUUCCAGGCCUUGAGAAUCUCCAGUAUCUCAAAACGACCUGCUAUAUCAGAGUACCUAACCUUAACCAUCUGGUGCCUAUUCUCCAAUGUAAAUAUUCCAAAAAGUAUUUUAUUUUGCCAUUAAGUAUUAAUUUCAGUGUUCUAUACCUGUCGAUUAUAAGCCUAUAUCGAUCUAUAGGUAUCUAUACUUAGAGAUAUUAAUUUCAAUAUUCUAUAUCUAGAAACCACUAGGCUAAAAUUUUGAACGGUUCAAAAGGAAACCAUCUGCAAAGCAAGACUCUGAACAUAUUUGGUUUUUCCCUUUUAGUGCCUUUGAAUACUUCUUUAAAAAAUAAUUUGUCUGGAGGUGCCCGAGUCGCUCUGUUGGUUAAGCAUCUGACUCGAUUUCAACACAGGUCUUGGUCUCAGGGUCGUAAGUUCAAGCCCCAUACUGGGUGUGGAGCUUACUUAAAAAAAAAAAAAAAAAAAAAGCCCUAUUCCUUAAGCUCUAUUUUAUAAGGACAGAGAGAAAGUCUUCCUUAUCUUUGUAUACCUUGUACAAAAACCAAUACAUAAUUGGUGUUCAAUAAGUGUCUGCCAACUGAAUGAAUUAAAUGCUAGAUGACUACUUAAUGGAAACUGCCUGAUAUCUGCUUUCAUAAAUAGGGAAAGAUGAAGCUAGGUGUGGAUGGGAGUUUAGAGAAUUGUGUUCAGGAUUGUGCAAUUAGCAAAUUUAUAAAUUAUCUGAGAUUUUUUUAAGUUUUUAUUAGAGAAUGUGCGCGCUUGGGUGGGGAGAGGGGCAGAGAAAAACAGACUCGGGGCUUGAUCUCAGGACCGCAAGAUCAUGACCUGAGUCAAAGUGAGAUGCUUAACAGCCUGAAAGCUACCUAGGUUACCCUGCAUUCAUCUUUGUUCUCAGUGCCUCAGACAUUUAAGGCAUUCAGGAAUAUACUAAUUAAAGCUGUGCAUUGAUUUUGGUCAUUUAAAAGAGUGUGCAGAUUUCAAAAGACUGGUAUUCUGCACCCGGAAAGCAAACUUGAGCAGUACUUAAAUGCUGGUACCCGCUAUCAAGGCAUAAAGCACACAUUUGUUAAUUACCGCUAACAAUUCCAGUGCUAAUCAUUCACUUAAUAAACAAAUGACUGAGACCAUCAGAUGCCAAGCAGGGCUGAUCCUGUGAUGGGUAACAAUGUAAGGUUGAAGACAUGAUGUAAAGGAGAGAGAUGUGUACCGCUAGCCUUUUAGCUGCCUAGCCAGCAGGAGCACAGUGCAGAUGCUGAAUUCUGGUAAAGGGAUGGACUAUUGUCCUCUGACGGCCAAGUAGAUGCAACAAAUAUAACUAGCACCAGUCUGUCCUUGGACAGGUCCUGUUUGCUUUGUUCCCAAUGCAGAAAAUGAAGGAAACAUACAUGGUAAAAUAUUUUUAAAAAUCUGAAUGGAAAAAUAAGAAAAUGACAGAAUAAGGGUAGAUGGAGUGAAGUCUAACGAAGAAGAGGGGCGCCUGGCUGGCUUAGGAAAGCAUGUGACUCUUGAACCUGGGGUCGUGAGUUUGAGGGGUAAAGCUUAGUUGAACAAAAAAGAAACGAUGCAGACGAGAUGAGGGCUGUCUGAAGAAACACCACAGACCCCUGGUUUUGUGAGACAUCAUGCACAGCAAAACGUGUUUCAGAAAGACUACUGAUCGAUAAAGGGGGAUUAGCUAUUUCCUGUUAGGUUUUAGUACCAGGUUCCCAAUGAUUUGGCCCCAAAGUGAAGCAAGUUCAGUGAAAACACUGACAUUUAACAUCAGCAUAUAUUUACUUGUGAAUCUCUUCAAGCAUAGCUUUGAGGUUUGAUAAGAAUCUCAAUCUGUACGAUAUCCCUGCAAUAUAGAGCCAAGCAGCAGGAUUCUUCUCAGUUGUGCAAAGACAACAGUCCGGGACAGUGCAUUGGUCUCCCGGUUACCAUCCCGGUAUCGUGAAGUGUCUGUGAAAGGUGGCUUGGUUGUAGAAAACUACAAAAACUAGCUGUAAAAGUAAAACGCAAACCUAAUUGGUUAAAGUCAGCUCCAAUGAAAUCGGGAAAGUUCACUGUGUUUAAGAGUAAGAGUCACGUCACCUUUUAUGGAAACAAAUGUAAUACAUGAAGCUUGGAGAGAAAGUCUCCCCUUUACCUUUUAUAUUUUCCUCAUCCUCUUCUUGCAGCGCUGGUUGAAAACAGGGGAGGACCCCAUGAGGCUAUCAGUGGAGUGGGAACCGUAGCUGCUGUCUGAGUCAUCAGGACUCUGAGGGAUCCCGGCUUCACUCAUCCCGGACAUGGGCUCCUCGAAGACAUCACUGCCCAGCACGCCAUGCCCAGACACAUUGCCUUCUUCACUCUCUUGAGGCUCCAUUUUCACAUGGGCCAGAUUCCAAAGAGGGGAAGCAUUUACCUCUGUGCCUGGCAAUGGAAGAAAAUACAACCAGUGGUAAGCCAAGGCUGGAACACAGCAGACAAAUAUUUCAUCGGGGCAGAUUCCUAGCCUUUGAGCUCAGUCUUCAGUCUGAGUCUACUUGACUGGAGAUUAUGGUGGUCAUCCUCUGUUCCUAAAACUAAUAAUUCUGAGUAUUUUCUUUUUUUUUUUUUAAGUAUUCUGAGUAUUUUGCUUUCCACUUCCUCCCCUACUUUAACCCCACCUCACCCACCAGCCAUUUCCCUUAAAUCAGGGAAGUAAAACUAUGUAGGUGGAAAGAUUCCCUGUCUCAUGGCCCAAAGGCAGGCACAACCACAGGCUCUUAAUCAGGUGUUAAGUUGCUUCUUUCCUUCCUUCCUUCUAUAAGGCUGUCCUGUUUUCCUGCCUUUUGUUUGGGUCCCCGGUCCUCUCUCACAGUAUGAACUUAACGAUUACUACAAAAUGCUGGCAGCAGUUCCUAGACUGCUGAAGAGUGUCAUGGCUCCUAAAUCUGUAACAAUUUCUCUUUGGCCCUCCUGUCUCUGUUCUAGCAAAGCUGUUCUGUGGUUAUUACCUCUUUCAUGGUGAAAGGCUCUCUGGCCAACACUAAAAAAUGUGGCCUUGGGCGCCUGGGUGGCUGUUGGUUAAGUGUCUGACUUUGCUAGGUCAUGAUCUCAGGGCCCUGGGAUCAAACUCAGCAUCGGGCUCCCAGCUCAGUGGGGAGUCAGCUUCUCCCUCUGCCCCUCCUCCCACUUGUGUACAUGUGUGCGCCCUCUCCCAAAUAAAAGCUUAAAAUGUUUUAAAAAAAUAAUGUGGCCUGAUUCUGUUUAGGAUUUGUUACUUGUAUCAUUUGUGCAUUGAUGAAGUGACAAUUUAUAUUUGAGUAGAACUGAGGAUCGAAACUAAUUUGCAAUCUGACAGAAGGAUCAAGUAUCCUGGUUCCUAGGGUGAUCACAGAGUCUGUCUGGAAAAGGCCAGCUGCGUCGGAUUGGAUAGCCCUAUUUCAGUCCCUUUCUGGUCGAAUCUUUUGGGGGUACUCUAGCAAGGAAGCCCAACUAUUCAAACAGCCUUGAGCAAUUAGCCUUCCUUCAUCUGUGUGGAAGUUGUCUUACUGAGUACAAGCAUCAGGAAAGACAAAUA